AUGGCGUGGCACAAACCCACCAGCCUGACCCAGGCGAUGCAAUCCCUCCGUCUAUCAUCUCUCUCAACCUCCCGAACAACUCUCAACACCCUCACACGCUCCUACGCAACACAAGCCCUAGAAGUCCCCGCAGCCGCAGCCCCGGAAAUCAACUUCGACUCCUUCGUCCAAAAGCCCGCCCGCAUCAUCCCUUCCUCCCCAUCCUACUUCUCCGGCAGCCCGCGGUUCAUCGACCACGUCCUGCAACUGGAAGCCCUGCAAGCGAAGCAUGCCGGACUCCCCACCGUCCCGACCACCGAGGCACCACGCAUGGCCUGGUUCAAGCUCGCCCAGUUCCGCGAUUACGUCGGCGAGCCCGUCCCCAUGAAGAAAUACAAAUCCCUUCUCAAGAUCCUGCAGCGUCUGAACCGCAUCCAGCCCGAGAUGGUUCCCGACGAGGUGCGCGAGACACUCGGCGCGUUCCUGCGUCCUGGUAACCCUUACGCGGUGGAGAAUGUCCCGCAGACGGUUGACGAGCAUGGACGUGCGCGCGGCAAGGGAAAGAGGAAGGAGUCGUCGGCGGUUGUGCAGCUUGUCGAGGGCGAGGGUGAGGUGUUGGUUAAUGGCAAGAGUAUUGUGGAGGUGUUUAAGCGGGUGCAUGAUCGAGAGAGUGCACUGUGGGCAUUGCGGUCUACGCAACGUUUGGAUAAGUAUAAUGCCUGGAUUACGGUGCGGGGUGGUGGUGUUACUGGACAGGCUGAGGCUAUUACGUUGGCUCUUGGCAGGGCCUUGCUGUUGCAUGAGCCUGGGUUGAAGGCGGUUCUCCGGAAGGCCGGUGCUAUCACAGUCGACGCCCGUCGUGUCGAGAGGAAGAAGCCUGGUCACGUCAAGGCCCGCAAGAUGCCUACCUGGGUCAAGCGUUAA